UUUUAAAAAACGUAUUUGGCUGUCUCAUUGAGUUUCUCCGAAAUGCCUUCGUAUCGAGAAAUUUCCGUUGUCAGUUUGAAUGCGAUUGUGGCGUUCUUGCACGUCUUGAACCCUAAAAUAUUGAAUUGAGUUAAAUAUUUAAGUAUGUCCUUUGCCUUCCUAGAUCAAUUUGAGGUGAAUUUAGUCAGGUUACCAAGGGUUUAAGCGCUCUACUGCCAUGCCACUUUCUUUGAUGUACUUUAUUCUGUAUCCCACACGAUGCUUGUGAGUAUUCUGGCGAGGUCACCGCGAGGAGGAAGGAGGACCUUGUUCUCAAUUUAUCAGAGUUCCUAUUAGACUCCCCCCUUCCCCGCCGCGUUUGUGCAAGCGAGCUGUCUUUGUUGUUCAUUGAAGAUCGUGCUUUAUUCCAACUGGCUGAGGUUGUAGAAAUUAGUUACUGUAGUAUUUGCCUAAGCCAUAGAUGAAAUAAGUUUAGUCAUUACGGGAAGUUCAACUGGGAUUCCUUUUACAAUUAUUAUCACCAGAUCCAUAAGAAUAAGCAAUAAGCAGACUUAUUUUCAUUCAUUUGUUACUGUUGAGGGUAUAUUUGGACAAGAACUUCUCAUAGACCUGUAGACCUGCAAAGAACAAGUCGCUUGAAAAGGCAAAGGUUUAACUAGUUUUUGUCAUGAGUGCAGUUCUGAUGGAAUUUUUCAUUAUAUUGUUAUCAGCAAACCCACAAGAAUAAGCACUAAUCAGACUGUUGUUUUUGCUUCGUUGAUCACUGUUGGGGGUAUUUUUGGAGCAGAGCUUCUCAACGACCCGUAGUCCUAUAGAAACAAGGCACAUGAUAUGGAAGGAGGGGGUGCUGAUCAAGUUGGUGAUACUGCACCCUAGUGGACGAGCAGCUAACGACCUCCAGUCAGUGAGGUUGAUUGUUGUGAAGGAGAAGCUUUGACGCCGUGGCAGGCUGUUACAUCAAAAUCAGGGAAUUCCGCUUUUGCAGACUUUGGAUUGUCCUGUUAUGAUAGGCUUGAGUGGGUGAACCUGAACUGCCUUUGCCUCUUUAAUAAGGGGUGAGGCCUGGAGCAGAUAGCUAGUGAUUGUCUUGGGGCUACAGGGAUAUAUGUGGCACAUUGGUGCAGGAUUUGGUCCCGGGAUUCCUGGCAUACAAGUUGGCUUUGGAUUUGGAGCUGGAUGUGGGGUUGGUAUAGGAUUUGGUUAUGGUGUCGGGAAGGGCAUUGCUCGUGACGAGAAUUACACAUAUUCUAAUGUGGGGCAGCUAUUUCAUCGUUCACAAAGACUUCCUACACAGGAUGAUAUCAAUGCUAUUAUUGAUGUCCUUGUCACUAAUACAAAGGAGCUAGUGAGGGCAACUUCAAGGGAAAUUGACAAGUGGAGAAGAUGAAUUGAUUUGGGUACAGCUCCUCUGUACAGUUGCCUUCAUAGGAACUACUUAUAGUCGUGUACCUGGGAAGAAUUUGAUCUAAAUGUGGAAUGUAACCUUGGAUGUUAUAUUAGAAUAUCUGACCUCCCGUCUUGAGGACAAUUUGCCACAUUCCUUUAUGGGAAGGGGAAUUUGCUGUUGAUACAUGGCAUUUCUCCAAGUUAUACAUGUUUUGCUUUUUCCUUCCUUUUGUUACUUCUACAUUAAACUAAAGCUGAUAGGGGAAAUUCUCUGAUGCCUUGAUAAA